UUGGUCUGGAAUUUGUGUGGGUCAUGGACACCACUGUCGUAUUAAAUAUUCGUUUUUGUUUCUAAUCAGCAUUACUCGACACCCUACGCAUGACAGGGAUAAUAAGGCUGAUUUCACGCUCGCCCAUGCCCACGCUCACGCCCUCCCGAUCAACCAUCGACCUACCCAACACCCAGCACCAUUGCGUCCCAUCCCAUCAAGCGUGACCAAUGUCCGUCGUUGCGUCCUUAUGGUUGAGGAAUAUCCAGGAAGAGCAUGAAUCCUGGGCCUGGGCCCGCCCUUCAGACAGUGACCGGUGAGCAGGUUUGGGCCAUCAUUCGCCAAAUGCAACGCCGAGGCGGCGAACUUCGAGAGGCUUUCCCCGCCGCUCCGGCCUUACCUCGUUUGGGGGGCGAAGGACGCGGCGGGGCUGUGGGGCCACCGCCUCCGCCUUUUCACUUGGGCCGAGGAGCGCCUGAAUUUCCGCGCGUGCCUCUCGUCGUGGGCAAUGUGGGCAAUGCGGUUGGCCACGCCCUGGAUGGACGGGCUGGGUUUGCCCAUCUAGCUGACGAACGCCCGUUGACGGACGUGGGCCCCCUCUCGGCUGAGGGCGGUCUCCCUCCACGUAUCGCUCAGAGCCGAGGUCUCGACGGGGAUGAUGCUCUGGCUGGAGAAGAAAUCAAUGGAUCCGAUUUUCGUCGAAGGCGGAAGGGUGCGCCCUGGUUACCCCAGCACGGAAGUCGGUCUGAAAAUGUGUCGGAUGGCACUUAUCUCUUUCGCCAAGUCUCCGUCAUGGUGGAUGACGAGGACGAUGCGCGCAUUUGUAACAUUCAAAAGGAUGGCCACACCCUUACCUACGCUCCCGAGCAAGAUGCUAGAACGGGCAUGGCGGGGCUCUACAUUGCGCCCCACCCUUUAGGGGACUUACGGUCGUACUUUGAGGUAGAAAUCAAAGGCAAAAGUCCUCAAAUGUCGUGCAUGAUCACAGUGGGUCUUUGCUCGCGUAACUAUCCCCUGGACAUUCAGCCGGGCUGGACUUCCGAAUCGAUUGCCAUGUGCCUCGGUGAUGGGCUCCUUUACCGGGGACGGCCCCGCGGCACACUGUACGGACCCCGAUGCUACCCAGGGGAUCGAGUGGGCUGCGGGAUUAGACGGAGCAAUCAAGGGCCCAAUCAUUUCGUGCAGGUCUAUUUCACCGUAAAUGGCAAGGAGUCAGCACCCGCAGUCGGUUUCCAGUUGCCUCCCGGGGGUCUUCAUCCUGUUGUUGGACUCCAAAAUACCGGAGAGCAGGUCCAAUUGCACUUAUUUACCGGAUAUUCUCCUGAAGAAGACAUCAUGCUCGUGGAUGGUGGCGAUGAAGAAGACUGGGUAAGGAUGCAUGACAUUCGCAUCACACCCGGCCAAAUGCUGGAGUAUGUGGGUCGAGGAAAAUCAUUGGUUGAUGUGGGCAUUGCUCAAGCCAAAACAGCUAUAUCAACGCGAAAUCAUUAUUUUGAAAUUGAAAUCGUUGAUCCUGGCUCACAUUGUUAUAUUGCCAUUGGUUUGGCGCAUAAAGACUAUCCGAAGAGCCGUCAUCCAGGUUGGAACAAAGGCUCCAUUGCCUAUCACGCCGACGAUGGUAAAAUAUUUGCCGGCAGCGGUGUGGGUGCUCCAUUUGGGCCCAAGUGUUAUAAGGGUGAUGUGAUGGGAUGCGGGAUUUUGUUCCCCAAGAACUACGUAUGCAAAAGUGACAGUGACGAGGAACUUGAGCAACAGAGCGGUUGUAAAUUAGAUGAGCGACCUGAAGGUGAGCGACGUCCAAUUGGCCCAGUAACGGAAACUGUCCCAUUAGGGAUCCAAGACUAUGCCAACUACUACUCUAUUGCUGGUCUCGUUUGUGACUCUGGAGACGAUGAAGAGGAAGAGGAAGACGAUGAAAGGCUGAACGAUCAAGGGCUGAUUCAGUCUGGAGUUCAAGUUGAGAUAUACUUCACCAGAAAUGGAACACUAGUGGGCCGAAAGACCCUUCGGAUUCCCAAGGGUGGGUUUUUCCCCACAAUUGGUAUGAUGAGCUCCAAUGAGAAAGUCAGAGUGGAUCUGAAACCAUUGACGGGCUAGAUGAUCUAGAUUGUGAUGGAAAACGGUACAAUAAUCGCUUGUUCAUGGAUUAAUAAACACAUAUUGAAAACACCA